UGUAAAUUAACGGCCAAGAAUCAAGAACAAAACACCAUUAUCCAGUACUGAUGACAAACCAUCAUCGUCAUCAUCCAUCUCCAUGGCCAGCACCUUUCGUUCUUUCAGAAGUCUGCUAAACACUCUUCAACCCUCAAUUGAACAACCUUUUCCUUUCCAUUCUCCACGUGCUAUCUUCCUAUCAUCCGAAACUCCAACUGCUCAUUUCCAAAUAUCGUACAGCAACUCUGUCUCUCACAGAUGGAGGUCUAACUUUUCUUUCUUUCCUGGUUUCUUCACCAAAGGUAAAGAUGUGGACGGCCUCAAGGAUGAGCUCUUUACCGCCAUUGCGCCUCUUGAUCGUGGGGCAGACGCCUCUGCUGAUGAUCAAGACCUUGUAAAUAAGAUUGUGCAGAAACUUGCGGCAGCCAACAAGAUAAAGGAGCCUCUCAAGUCUAACUUGCUCAAUGGGAAAUGGGAGCUUAUAUAUACAACUUCUAAAUCAAUUCUACAAACCAAGGUCUUUCACGCGCCCUUAUUUCACUUCAAUAUUUUAUCAAGGCCAAAAUUGUUAAGACCAAAUGGUAAAAUCUACCAGGCUAUUAAUUUGGAUACCCUUAGAGCUCAAAAUAUUGAAACUUGGCCCUUCUUCAAUCAGGCCACAGCUAACUUAGUACCUCUUAAUGAAAGAAGGGUGGCUGUUAAAUUUGAUUACUUCAAAAUUGUGGGUAUGAUACCCGUCAAAUCAGCAGGGAGUGGUCGUGGUCAGUUGGAGAUUAUCUACUUGGAUGAAGAAUUACGGAUAUCAAGGGGUAACAGAGGUAACUUGUUCAUUUUGAAAAUGGUGGAUCCAUCCUAUAGGGUUCCUCUGUGACACUUGCAUUGGUCCUGGGAAUUAUUGUGAAUCUUUUAGAUUGUAAAUAAGAGUUCUUAAUACGUACAUGAUUUAAGAUCCUAAGUGUUCACUCUGAAUUGAUGGGAUUGAAGUGGAUGGAACCAACAUAAUUUAAGGUCAAAAAUUUUGAUUUGGUUCCUAAUAAAAUUUUAUCGAAGAUUGUUAGUAAUAAAUAAC